GCUCCAACCAGCCUCGCACGCUUACGCUACAAGGCAGUCGUUUUCAGCGUCCACCUUGAAAAUAAACGUUGAAAAUAUUGGAAUUCAUUUUUUGUCAAAUCCUGCAUCGUUUUAGUGCUUGGAGAGAAAUCCGAGGAGCACCAUGAAGUCCAUCUUUUUUCUCGUCUUCUGUCUGGUUUUGGGGUCAUACGGCUCUUGUGCGGUCAUAACAGGGGCCUGUGAGCAAGAUUCUCAGUGUGGUGGAGGGAUGUGCUGUGCGGUCAGUCUCUGGAUACGCAGUCUGCGGAUGUGUACACCUAUGGGGCUGGAGGGGGAAGAGUGCCAUCCUAUGAGCCACAAGGUUCCGUUCAAUGGGAAGAGGCUCCACCACACGUGUCCAUGUUUGCCAAACCUGGCCUGCAUCAAUACAUUAGAAGGCAAAUCUAAAUGUCUGCCACCGAACAAGUCCCAAGACUAUUAUCUCUGAAAGAUCUGUAUGAUUAUAUGUGUGGAGGACUGUAUAAAAUGUACAGUGUCAUUGUUCUGUCUAAAUAAUGUAUGGAAAUAUAACUAUUUAUUGAAUGAAAA